AUGAAAUCAGUUGAAAACAAUGGAUUGAUGCUCAAUGAAGAAGGUGCCGAGGGUUCUGUAUGCGGCAUUGUAUUUGUUGAUUGUGAUGCUGCCUACCACAGGUUAUGGAGACCUGCAUGCGGAGAGUCAGAGAGGGAUGUUUUCGAACAACAGCCCAUUCGACUUGGUGGUGCAGAGGAAACAUUAUCGGUUGCUUUGGAAUUUUCUAGAAGAAACCACUUGCCGAGCGAUAUUCAAGAUCAGAUUCUAUCACAUAUGCCUCAAGUAGGACUGACGGAGGUGGCAUCUCAAUUCUGUGAUGGCCCGAGCAGCGAGAGAUUAAAGGAAGAGGAGUCGAGGACUGAAGAGAUAAAGGGGGAAGAGUCAAUAUCUGAAGAGAAGGUCGAACCUUGUGAGGAAGUUCCGCCGGCUGAGCUGGAAGGUGGAGGCGGUGGAGGAAAAAUUUUGGCUCUUUAUUGGGAUGGGUUAUUCUUUUCUUCUAAUAGCAGUGUUGCAUUGUUGAAGCUUGUAGAGAUGGAGUACUAUGAUACAAUGAGAAAUGAUUUUGUUUAUUUCAUUAACUUAUUGAUUGAGAAUAACUGCGCACUGUCGUACUGUGUGUUCGAUGCUUUGGUUGCUGAUUUUAUGAGAUCCUAUGAGGACUCGAGAGUAAUGCCUGCGAUUUGCACACUUCUUGCAUUUGCACAAAGGUACAAGAAGGAGUUGACAAAGGAGGACAAAACUAAUUUCAACACUUUGGUUCAUAGGCAAAGACAUAAAUUGAGCUCUAAGCUCGAAUCAAAUCAGUUUCAGGCCCUCAGAAGCUAUAGGCCGGAGGAUUCGAAUCUCCAGCAGUCCUUAAAUCCAGGACCUGUUGGAAGCCUUACACAGCCAGCAGAACUUGAACUUGAUGGCCACUCAAAUGUCCCUCAGCUGUAUGAUUUGCAUCAAGUGAGGAUGCCACUGCCCCUGGAGAUGGCACCGGAGCCAGUUUAAGUGAAUGCCAAGCAAUACCAUGGUAUACUGCGGAGGCGUCAAUCGCGUGCCAAAGCCGAGCUGGAGAAGAAACUCAUAAAAUCUCGAAAGGUUUUUUUUUUUUUUCCUUUUAAUCCGUAAAUUUCCACUUGCACCUCGUGGAUGAACUAAUUAGUUUAUAUAUAUUCGACUUCUUGGGUAUAAGAAACAUUGGGAUUGAAAAAAUUAAUUAUGGAAUUUUUGUCCCAUAUCAGAAUGAGAAAGCAGUCCCUUGGAAAUAGAACAUUGAAGUGAUAUUUGAAAAUUUCUCCCAAUUGAGUCAUGCAUAAUUAAUCACUACCACAGUGACGUAACAUUUAGCUUUCAAACAUUCAAUAUUUUAGCUGCCAUUGAAGUGUAACGUCCAGUUUUGACAGCUGCUGGCACAAGAAUGUUUUUAUUUAUUUCUUUAUUGAUUUACUUUUGAUGAAUUUAAUGUAUAUAGUUAGUUUGAGUGAGCUUUAUUAAUUCGUUAGAGGCCCAAUAUUAUUUUACCUUUGUUGAUGAUACAUAACUCCAUGUGUUCAUAUUGCAUAUAUAAUUAUGAAGGAUUCAACAUAAGAAUUUUGUCCUUAGUUAUUAGAUGGCUUCGUCUCUUCAUGUUGGAGACGUACCAGGUCUCUUGAGCAUAUGGUUUGGAGAUAGGUCCGAGACUCAGAAUAGAGGCUGAUUCGUGAGAAGACAAAAGGACGAUGGAGUCAGAAGCUGCAUCUGAGAGGAUAGAAAUGGUGGUAUGAAUUCAGACAGAAGCCCAUGGGAAAACAGUCAAACACAUAAAUUAUGAAGGCGUAAUUACCGAACUAUCAAUUGCCUCAUGCAUCUAUUUUUUCUAUUUUAUGUUAUUGUAGCACGAGUUAGGUGACAUUUCCAAUUUGAGAUUGAAUCAAAAUGGAGAACACAAAUGCUCGAACAUACUGGCCAUUACAUAUUUGGUUGGAUGAGAAGUUAAUUUUUAAUGA